CCCUUCUUCUCUCUCUCUCUAAACGUGCUUAGAUAUUUAUAGGUUAGUAAAUCACCUAGACUCCCUUCUUAACUUUCCUUUCCUUUCCUUUCCCUUUCCUGAAGAAAUCAGCUGGAGGACUUGCUUUAACGACUAAUAAACAGAAAAAUAACAGAGAAAGAUGGCGGACACGGGUCAUAAGCAUAACCAACCGCCACAGCCAACGCAGGCGCCUCCACCGUCUCAAGCUCUCCCUCUUGGAGCAGCAAGGGGUCCCGUUUAUCCUCCCACCGAGCAACUCCCGCAUCUCCAGUUCUGCAUCCACUCCAACCCUUCAUGGCUGGAAUCAUCGAUGCUGGCUUUUCAGCACUACAUCGUAAUGCUUGGAACUACGGUUCUGAUUGCUAGUACUCUAGUGCCUCUCAUGGGCGGGAGCCAUGGUGAUAAAUCCCGUGUUAUUCAAACAAUACUUUUUAUGUCGGGACUGAACACACUGCUUCAAACGAUGAUUGGGUCAAGGCUUCCUACAGUGAUGGGUGCAUCCUAUGCUUUUGUCAUACCAGUUUUAGCGAUUAUCAAUGAUUUACGUGAUGAGGACUUCACAUCUGAGCAUGAGAGGUUUGUCCACACUAUGAGAACGAUUCAAGGAUCCCUAAUUGUAUGUUCCUUUCUCAACAUCAUUCUUGGAUUUAGUAAGGCAUGGGGGAAUUUGACAAGGUUAUUCAGUCCCCUUGUUCUUGUACCAGUGGUUUGUGUAGUGGGCCUUGGUCUGUUCAUGAGGGGCUUCCCACUGCUUGCCAACUGUGUGGAGAUUGGCCUGCCCAUGCUUAUUCUGCUGGUUGUUAUCCAGCAGUAUUUGGUGCGGUAUUUAAAGCAUGCUCUUCCUAGGGGCCAUUCCAUAGUUGAGAGGUUUGGUUUGCUUUUUUGUAUUGGUAUUGUCUGGGCUUUUGCAGCUAUCCUCACUGCGGCUGGUGCUUACAACAAUGUAAGAGAUCAGACUAAGAUGAGUUGCCGCACAGAUCGGUCGUACCUUAUACAAUCUGCUCCUUGGAUUAAAAUUCCUUACCCAUUUCAGUGGGGUACUCCCAUAUUUAGAGCAAGCCAUGUCUUUGGAAUGAUAGGGGCAGCACUUGUUACAUCUGCAGAGUCAACUGGAGCAUUUUUUGCAGCAGCACGUCUUUCAGGUGCAACUCCCCCUCCAGCACAUGUUCUCAGCCGAAGUAUUGGCCUGCAGGGUAUUUUCUUGCUGCUUGAAGGCAUCUUUGGUGCUGCAGUUGGUACUACGGCAUCUGUUGAAAAUGUCGGCCUCCUCGGACUGACUCACAUAGGGAGCAGAAGGGUGGUGCAGAUUUCAACUGCUUUCAUGAUCUUCUUCUCCAUAUUUGGGAAAUUUGGUGCCUUCUUUGCAUCUAUUCCUUUACCAAUAUUUGCUGCAGCCUACUGUGUUUUAUUAGGCAUUGUUGCUGCUGUUGGGAUCUCAUUCAUACAGUUCACGAACUAUAAUUCCUUGAGAAACCAAUACGUUUUGGGCCUGUCCCUGUUCCUUGGAAUAUCUAUACCUCAAUAUUUUGUCUUGAAGACCAAUCAGACUAAUGGUCAUGGGCCAGUUAGAACAGAUAGUGGAUGGUUCGACAACAUCGUUAACACAAUAUUCUCGUCGCCACCAACUGUGGCGAUAAUCCUCGGAGUGCUGCUUGAUAACACGCUUGAGUGGAAGCAGACAAUUCAGGAGAGAGGACUGCCGUGGUUGGUUCCCUUCCAAAAUAGGCAUGGAGAAGCGAGAAAUGCUGAGUUUUAUGGCCUGCCUUUAAGGAUAAAUGAGUAUAUGCCUACCAGAUUUUUCUAAAUAACUCUUACCCUCGUGUAUAUUAUAUAGCUAUAUACUAGGAAAAAAAUAUUAGUUUUAUUAUGUGUAAAACUAGGUGUGUUCUAAUUAUAUAGAUUGUAUUGUCACCAAUGCGAGCCUGCCGAUAAUUUGUAGGAUCUAGUGGAUAGAUCCAUAUCGGUUUUUGAUUGUCCAUGCCUUCUGUUUCUUUACCCCCUACCCGAUUCUCGGAAGACCCUUUUUUCCCAGUAGCCAAAUGCAUGGAACUCUUGCGCGGUUUGGCUUCUGCAGGCAUUGGUACAAGGGGAACUGAGGGGAUUCUUUCUAAUCUGUGCUAUGUGGAAAAGGGAAGUAACCCAUAAACCAACUGAUGACCUUUGGAUAUGUUGCUAGGUUUGCACCUGAAUUUUUGAAUUCAGAUACUAGUGGAUCAUUACUUGUUUUUGUUGAUGUUUUCUAAAUGAUGGAUUGGUGGCUCUUGUCAUGUUUUGCA